UUCUUCUUCUGAGAUACUUUUCGUGAAUGGAUGAUAAAAUUCUCAACAAUAAUAGAAGAUUUGAAUAUUAAUUAAUGAAUGAAAAAAAAUAUGUACUAUACAUAUGAUGAUAAAUAAGAUAAUAAUAUACACGCAAGAUAUAUAAUGAAAUAAUAGAAAACGAUAAAAAUUAGUUUGAAAACAACACAUAGUGCCACAUAAUUAAAAAAAACCGAAGAACUAUCAAAAAUAGUGUGUGGUGAUAUAUUAAUGUUGUUUUGGAAUAUAAAAAAACAAGAAACUUAAUAUUUAUAUGGUGAACUACUAUUAUAUUAUACAACAAAAUAUACACACAAGAAGAAGACAAAGAACUGAAUUAAUUACACGAGUGUCGAAAAAAUUUACAUUUUUCCAAUAGUUAAAAAAAAAUAUUUAAAAUAAUCAUCAUAAAACACCCAAGAAAUAAAUAAGUUUGGACCAAUAUAGCAAAUUCCAGCAAAAAACUAUAAAAAAGUGGAAAUCAAUAAAAUAUGAAACAUUAUUAGUUUAGUUACACGAGAGAAAUCAUCCAGAUAGCCGAUUACUCAUUGUACGAUAAACAAAAAAACCGAAGAAUCACAAGAAAUCAAUAUUGACUCUAAAAAUAUUAUACUCGAAAAAAAAUCCCAAUAAAGGUCAAAUAAUACGUAGAUUCGUGUUAAUGAUAUAUAAAAGUGUGAAAACUUACUAAUAUUAUUUGAAAACAAAAGACCAAAAAUAAUAAAAAAUAGAAAAAAAAUUGUUGCUACUUUUUUUUUACAUUAACCGUUCGUUCAUUCAUUCAAUUUUUUUGAUGUAAAAAAAAAUACGAUAAAAUAUACGCCCGUAUAAAUAUAUAUAUUUAUAAUAAUAAAUAUAAGAGAUAGAUAAAAGCACACACAGGAAAAGUUUAGCCAUCAACUACAUAUUUCAUAUAUAUGUUGUCUCUAGACGUUACUGCAACAGAUUUCAGGACAAUGUCAUCAAAGCGCAAAUCGCCUCCCAAUAAGUUACUGGACGGCGGUGUAGCGACUGGUGGUCCUGCAAAUAACACAACAAAUUCCACAGCAGCACACGAUUCGCUGCCGUGCAGCAAUUCUCCGUCAAUCAAUUCGGAAAAUUGCGGAUCGGAACCCGAUCUGGACAGUUAUCGCAGCUCGUCGCCCGUUAGUGACGCGGAAAUGGUACGUGCCCAAACAGCAACGCCCAACGACGACCAGCGACGACGCAAAUUGCGCGAAAAUUCGAGGAGUGAAAGUGACAGGGGAAACGGAAGUGAUAACGAAGCACCGAUGAAGCGACAGAAAAUUGGCGUUGAUGCGUUACCGUACAAUUACCUCUUAAACUAUCCGUUGAUGAAUAAUUCGCCGCCAUCACACCACACGAUGCGCGAAUCGCCGCCCUUGAAAGCCACCGCCAACAAUAAUAACAGAAACUACAACAACAACAACAAUAGUAGUAAUAAUAGCGAAAUUAGCAAUAAUUUAGUAGUCAACCAUAGUAAUCAUCAUAGCAACAGUGGCAGCCCGAGCCCGAGUCAUUCGCCGAACGAGCGUCAUCAGGCAUCGUCGUCGCAUCACGUUGCAAUGCCACUUGCAGCUCCCCCAGCUGCGCUAUCCCCUACAGCUGUACUUAACAAACUCAAGCAAGAUUACAGUGCUGCGUCGUUGCUGCUGAACAGUAGUAACGAACAGAAUAAUAAUAGUGGUGGCAAUAAUACUAAAGAUAAUAGAGAUAGUUUAAAUUUAAAUAGUAGUUACAACAACAACAACAAUAAUAAUAUUAGUCCAGCACCGAAACGGACGAUGGACGAUGUGCUGAAACGUUUAACUACAAAAAUGCGGGAUAGCACGAUACGACAUGGAAAAGAUAACAAAAGACAGGCGUCACCGUUGAAUAGCAUCGACAAUAACAUCGACACACCGUUGCAAGUACUUAACUAUCCAGGAAGUCUACAGGAAAAAGAAAGAAAAUUGAGUGAGAUGAUAUUCCAGUUGCAGAUGGUGCGAGAUCAUUUGGUCGGACAAUCGGAAAGGAUGCAGACAACGGCGCAAUUAGAUCAAGAAAAAUUGUUGCAACAACAACAAGCACUCCGGAUGGAACAGGAGAUGCGAAUGAAUGAAUUGCACAAACAAAUUACCGCAUCGUAUCCCGCACUCCCGAAAAACAAUCCGCUUCUUCCGCUGUUCUUUCGACCGCCAUACCCGAUGCCGGCUGCUGGCUGGGACCCACUUCAUUUGAGUCAUCUAACGGGCGCUGCUGCCUCCAUCGAAAAGGAAAGUUCUCCGCCAUCGACUUCAUCGUCGCCCGUCUUGACAGAUCCCGAUGCUCCCCUCAAUCUCACAAAACCCAAAGGAUCUCCCGACAGUCCGUCGCCCACUGCGGGCCACAAAACGCCCGUUUCGAGCGCGUCUUCCAGCGGCAACGUUUCCAACAAUGGCUCCAUAAACACACUUCCGCUGCAUCACAACAACAACUCCAUGCAAGCUUCGUUGGCGCGUCCCUUCCUCCCCUACCCGCCCGCAUCGCAGAAACAACCUCAUUUUCCGCACGAAGACGCCGACUUUUUGAAUCGUCUCUGGCCCUCGUCUGGCGGAUUGGAAUCCGAACGAAAAAAUGCUCCAGCUGACGACGACAAAGUUCGUCUCGUGCGCCAUAAUCGCCAUCAAAAUCGCGAUCACAGCAACAAUAUCGGUCCUCCGUCGGGCGAACGUGAAUCUGGAAAGCCGCACAUUAAACGCCCCAUGAACGCUUUUAUGGUCUGGGCCAAAGACGAACGUCGCAAAAUAUUAAAAGCCUGUCCGGACAUGCACAAUUCCAACAUUUCGAAGAUUCUGGGGGCACGAUGGAAGGCAAUGACGAAUUCGGAGAAACAACCGUACUACGAGGAACAAUCGCGAUUAAGUAAGCUCCACAUGGAACAACAUCCGGAUUAUCGGUACAGACCACGACCGAAACGAACUUGCAUCGUCGACGGCAAAAAAAUGCGCAUUUCCGAGUACAAAAGUUUGAUGCGGAACCGCCGAACGGAAAUGCGGCAACUUUGGUGUCGUGACGGAUCUGAUGGAAAUGUCGGUUUCAUGCCCGAUAUGGCAUCGCCUGGCACCUCAUCGGGACGCGCAUCAUCGCCCAACGGAGGCACAAGUGGCGGAUAUUACUACCCGCAAGAUAGUCUCUCGCCGCCAGAAUUUUCGAACGAAAGAAAUGCCAACUACGACUCGCAUGACGACGAAUGAAAUAAAAUCUUCCGAUGGCAUCAAACCUUCCCGGAAAACGGAAGACUUUGGUAAAAAUGAAACAUGACAAGUAGAAAGUAGUCAAGAAAAAAAAAAUUGUAUAAAAUGUUGCCUAUUUAAUUGUACAAAAAAUAUGAUAAUUUUUAUGUUUAGUACCUAAGAAGACUCGUGAAAAAAGCUCAAAUCCUUUAAGUUUUAACCUUCUUGGUGCAAUAAGUCUCAGUUGCCUUUUUUGUAAAUUAUUGAAACUCUUACACCUCUGCUCUCUCUCUUAAUUACCUUUAAAAAUCUCUGUUUGCGUACAAAAUAAUGUUAAUUUUUUGUUCGUUUCGCAAAUGGUGCUUUCGAACCAUAAGACCCUGAGUUCAUUGAAUAACUUUGACAAAUGAUAUAUUUUAAUAUUUUAUCCAAAAUUUCAGAUAUUUAACAAAAUUUGAGGUUAUUUUUAAUUGAGAUAACCUCAACAAUUUUGAUUUUUGAGCAUUUUUGAGGUUAGUUUUGUUAUGUUUUGUAAA